UUACAAUCGCAAGUUGAAGAAUCAUAUGUGAGUGUCUCUGUAGACAAUAACACAACCGUCAAAGAUUUAAUUAGGAACGCUUUAGAUAAAUUUGGUUUACACGAUAAUCAAGUGCAAGACUAUAGAUGUUCUGAAGUAUUACUUGAUCGUGGGGUCACCGAACGUAUUUUGCUUUGGAAUGAACGGCCUUGGGAAAUAAUGAAACAACUUGGCAAGGAUUCAAUUAGACAAAUGGAAUUAAUGCGGUUUUAUUUGCAACAUAAACAGGACCCACAUGGUCCAAACAUAGCCUUGUUUAUCGGAAAUUUACCACCCGGCCUGUCGCAAAGAAAUUAUGAACAAAUUUUAUGUAAAUAUGCAACGGAGGAAAAUAAAUUUUCCAGUAUCGGUCCAAUUUAUUAUGAAUACGGUUCAGUUGUAAUAAUAUACGAAGAUUCACAAAAAGCUGUUCGAGCUUUUUAUAAUCUUCGUGAUGCAGUUAUUGAAGACAAAAAGCUUUUGGUGUUAUUGUUGCCAAAUAUCGAACCUCGAAUGGUUCCUUCUGAUGUUAGACCUUUACUUGUUUUCGUUAAUGUUAAAUCAGGAGGAUGUCAAGGUUUAGAAUUAAUAUCUAGUUUUAGAAAACUUUUAAAUCCAUACCAAGUUUUUGAUUUAGACAAUGGUGGACCUCUACCUGGCCUUUAUGUGUUCCGUCAAAUAAAAAACUACAAAAUACUGGUUUGUGGAGGCGAUGGAACUAUUGGGUGGGUGCUACAAUGCCUUGAUAAUGUAGGCCAAGACUCAGAAUGUUCAAGUCCCCCUUGUGCUAUAGUCCCGCUUGGAACAGGUAACGAUUUAGCUCGGGUAUUGCGGUGGGGUCCCGGAUACACUGGAGGUGAAGAUCCAUUAAACCUGUUACGUGAUGUUAUUGAAGCUGAAGAAAUUCGGUUGGAUCGUUGGACAGUAGUUUUUCACCCAGAGGACAAACCUGAUGAACCAACAGUUAAACCGCCUUCAAACACAACUGGUAAGAAGAAGACGAUUCAUCAAACUCAAUUAUCACAACAAAACCAGCAUUUUCAUGUACCGAUGUUGUGUUCGAGUGAUAUAUCAGGAGGCGCUCAAAGUGAAGACAAUUCUCAAAUAUUUGUUAUGAAUAACUAUUUUGGAAUAGGAAUAGACGCAGAUCUUUGUUUAGAUUUCCACAAUGCACGGGAAGAGAACCCAAAUAAAUUCAAUUCAAGGUUACAUAAUAAAGGAGUGUAUGUUAAAAUGGGUCUGCGAAAAAUGGUUGGAAGAAAAAUGGUAAAAGAACUUCACAAGGAAAUUCGUCUAGAAGUUGAUGGAAAAGUGGUAGACUUGCCGCCAGUUGAAGGAAUAAUAAUCUUAAAUAUACUAAGUUGGGGAUCAGGAGCAAAUCCUUGGGGACCUGAAAAAGAAGAUAACUUCACUAAACCAAAUCACUACGACGGAAUGCUUGAAAUUGUUGGCGUUACUGGAGUUGUGCAUCUGGGUCAAAUUCAAUCUGGAUUAAGAUCUGCGAUGCGCAUAGCACAAGGUGGUCACAUAAAAAUUCAUCUACAUUCAGAUAUUCCAGUUCAAGUUGAUGGAGAACCAUGGGUACAAAGUCCUGGUGAUGUUGUCGUUCUUAAAUCAGCUUUAAAGGCAACAAUGCUAAAAAAGAAUAAAAAAAUGAAAAGGCGAAACACAGAACCAACAAUGGUCGCCCCAACUAUGUCUUUAGCUAUACCAGCAAGUGAUCACGAUGAAAAUAGUUCUGACAACUCAGCAAAUAACACAACAAACAAUACGGACUUCUGAAUAUGAUGAUUUAAUUGACUGAAUUUGCUUCAAAUAUUGGACAAUUAAACGAUGUUUUCCAAAAACUUAAACUAUAGCUUAAAUAUAUCAAAAUAAUAUGUGUAGCUGCAAAAAUAGCGGGAAGUAUAUAAUAAAAGGUCCAUAUUAUCACAAUCAUAUAAAUCACAUAAUAACGUAAUAAUGUAUUAAAAUUUUAAUUUGUACAUGCAUAUACUUACGUACGUAUGCACGUAAUAAAAAAAUUUCUUUUUUGGCCUGUCUUCCGAGAUAAGCUUGUUUAAAGAUUAGUUUCUUCUAAAGGCUUUUAAAAAAGAAAAUUGAAAUUCAAAUUAGCCAUUCAACAGCCCUUUAAAAUUUUUAUGAUGUAAAAACAUAAGUGGUCAUCCGGGUGAUUGUAUGAUAUUUGUUCAAAACUUUCAAUUUCGACUUCUUACGUGUGUAAAAUGAAACUUAAAAUUGUAAAAUAAACAAAAAAUAUUGAAAAAGAAAAAUAAAAUUGACAAAUGUUGUUCAAUAUUAGGAAUUUUUUUCAUAAUAAAAUUUAAAAAUAAAAAACUUCGAAGUAAACGAUACAAAUUCCGAAAGAUAAACGCAAAUUUAACAUAAAAACUUAAGUCGGGAUUAUAGAAGGCAUUUUGUAAUUUAAAACAAAACAUAAUACGUUUUGUUUUGUUUGUAAUGUCAAAAUUUAUCUCUAUAGGUUCACUAUGAUUAACAAGAUCUUCUACAUCAGAGUGCUCUAAGCAAAUUCGAGAAAAUGCAGUAUGUUCAUUCUCGUAAUCAGUAUCCUAAAUUACUUUAAUUUUCACUUUCGUUUUUCAUGAAACUAUCAUAAUGUUAGAGUGUCAUAAUUUUGCACUGUAAGCCAUACGUUUAUUAAAAUUUGAUGAAAAUUUAAGCAAAACUUUAAACACAGUUAUCUUCCAUUAAUGUUAAAAAAAUAAAAAAAUGCAUAAAGUUCAUUUAAAAUUACAAAAAUGGCUUAAAAAAAAAAGAACUAAGAAUAUAGGUUAGCAACUAUUUACGAAAAUUGAAUGUCCUAACUACUUACGAAAAAGAAAUUUGUACUAAUUACAGGAGUGACUAAUAAUGUGAGAGAAGGUUUUUUUAGGUAUAUGAAAGGAAAAUUCCCUUUUAUUCGAAGUAAAAUUCUUUUAUUUUUGCUAAUAUAUUUCGCGCCUUACACAUGCACUACAUCAAAGCUAAAGUGAGAGAAGGUGCGAACACAAGGGUUAAAAGUAAAAUGAAAAAAAAUAUAAUUUCAAAGAAAAAUUUAAAAAAAGUAAAAAAAACAGCUUAUGUUAAAACUAAAAGAAAAAAUUCAAAAACUAAAAGAAAAAAUUGGAGAAAUAGUACAAUGCUGACAAAAAGGCAUAGGUCAAUUCAAGCCGUGCUUGUCCGUGCAUUCCUCAUCCUAAAUGUUAACACCUCUUUAAUUUUUUUUGUUUUAUUUCAAAGAUUCCAUGCAUUACUCAUACUAAAUGUAUAGAAUCUUUGAAGUAUAUAUGAAUGAAACUAAUUUUAAUAAUGUGAUACACAGAUUUGUUUUUAAAUUACUGUCGCUGUCCUAACAGAUGUAAAUUAAAUUGCGCCUCUCUUUGUCGCAGUGUCGCAGCAAUGUGAACAGCGAUGUAACAGCACCACUAAUAACACUUUAACUAUAUGCAAUCUUUAUUUACUUUAGUCAAUUAACGCGUACCAAUAAAAUAAUUGUAAAGAAAGAAAAGAUCAGAUAUUUUUUUUUACAAAUUUGUGAUAUAUUUUAAAAAUACUUUGUUUUUCAAUACAUUAGCAUUAUUAAUUUAUAAUUUACGUUUUUUUUUUAAAGAACAGCGUGGUAUAUUUUUAAUGGACUGUAGUAGAGUUCAUAUUUUCAAAA